AUGACCCUGGGAGACCUUGACAAGCAAGGUGAUGUCAUCCCAGGCUGGAAUACCCUCAACACGGACCUGUUCAAGGCCGCGUGUAUUCAGUGGAGAGCAGGUGAUGACUUUCAUCCGUUCUAUGGUAAUGUCUCUGAUUUUGCACUGUGUUGGGUGCACUGGUACCAAAUAUUGCAUUGGGAUGUUCUUGCUGUCAUGAUUGAAUCUAACCACUGUGGUGUUACCUUCAUGUCUCAAGAAUUCAAGCAACCUGUCUUGAUAAGCCGUGAUCCCAUGCUGGGCUUGGGGAACUUUCUGAAGGAGCAUGCCAUGGGAAGACAGUUCCGUCAAUUUGAAUUGCUUCUUUUGCAAGGUGGCAUCAAGUUCCACCACCACAGUAUCAUCAAUUACGGUUACUGCGGUUACCGGUACAACCGAGCCUUUUAUGCCGUUCUGACUUCACAGCUCAAAUAUCAUAAUGUCACUCUGUAA